AACCGACACGCAUUCUCUGUGCUCAUGGUAACUUGGUAAAGCUUGCUUUGUACUUUCUACUGGGCGGAGCUGUUCUGUUCAGCAGAGGUCCUGAGAGAAAGUACAAUGGUGAUGAACUCAGAUGUAAAAGAGAUCUAAGACGGACCAUACUUUCCUGCUUGGCCGCAGCUCAUCGGCUGAACAUGAAGUCCAUCGCUCUUCCAUUUAUUAGCUAUGGAAUGGCUUCAGUACCGUUUGAUAUAUGCCUUGAGAGCUAUGUGAAAGGGAUCAACAUAUUCAAGCAUCUCUAUGAAACCAGCAUUCUACAACCCAGCCUUACUGAUGUCUAUUUUGUGGAUUGUAACAAUCCUCCAGUUAAGAAAUUCAAGGAAGCUUUUCUCCGCUUUCCAUAUUUGAGCAUUUCAGAAGAGGAGAGACUGGAGGACAUAGAAUUUGUCUUGUAUCGUCUAAAUAAAGUGAAUGAAUUUGCAGCCAAUCUUCGACCAGCCGGUUUCACUACGAGAGAGAGCUCUCUAAGUUCCCACAGGGUCAGCGGUGAAUAUGACAAGACACCAAAUGGUGCAACUGGAGUGUCAAGUUCAGAAAGAGAAAGGGAGAGAAAAUCCUCAGUCAGGUCUAGUUCAAGGCGAAACAGCGGUGCUUCGUAUAACAGCAACGUUGAUGACGACAAUAGCCAAAGGGGCAGUCCAAGUUCAAAGACUCGAGCUCAAAGAAGAGAAGGAAAUUCCUUGGAUAAGGAUCCAUCUGUCAAAGUUACCACUGUUUGUGCAAGAAACGUCCAUGCUUCAGUUACUAUUGUUAUUGGCUGUCCCUUUGAAAAACUAGCUACGUUUCCGAACUUUGAUUCAAGCCUCCAUAAAGAAUCGGGAAAGGGUGUUUUCUUUAAUUUUAUUUGCCUGCCUCUUGAAGAGAAUUUUUCAAUGAGUAUUGAGAGGUCAUUUGAUAAUCUUCCAUCCGCCAUCUCUUCCUAUCAACGGAAGUCAGGCUUCAAAGACAUCAAAACAGUAGUUAUAACAAGCAAAUUACUGUAUGCAGAUGAAAACCAAGACAACAAACUUGUCAUCAAGUUUGGUCAGUGUUUGCAAAAACAGUUGAUGAGGUCAGGUUUGUCUGAGGUGAUAGUCACCACAGAUUGGACUUUUGCUCCCCUCCUUGAACAAGUGUUUGCCUUUCCUCCAAGCGGCCAUGGAGCGCUGGAUGAUCAUUCAGAUGAGACUUUCCCACCAGUUCGGCCUGAACUGCAAGCUUCUACUUCAGACCACUCAGAAGAGUCGGAUGAUUGUUCAAAUGUGGUCAUGGAUGACCCUACUGAUUCUCAGGAGAAAGAUAGUGACAGCUGUGUCAUAUGCGCAGAACCACAAAGGAGGCUCAUCAGCAUGCCCUGCUGCAGUUUUCGCAUGUGCUCAGUGUGUCGUAGCAAAGUCCAGCGCUGUCCAAGCUGUUGCAAACCUUUUGGAGUCCUUGUUGGGAAUCAACCAGAGGGAGACAUGACCUGUUCUUAUGUUGCUGCAAGUGUCCUUGGGGAUGAGGAAUUUUCUGGUUCCAUUGUAAUCAACUACACUUUCAAAAAGGGAAUUCAAUCCGUUGACCACUCAAACCCUGGAAAGGAAUAUACCGGAUCAUCACGCAAGGCCUAUUUGCCUUUUAACUUUGAAGGCAUUAAAGUGUUGAAGCUCUUACGUCUUUCUUUCUUAAGAAAGCUGACUUUCACAAUUGGAAAAUCAUCAAAGACUGGAAAAGACAAUGUUAUUGUUUGGAAUGAUGUUCACCAUAAGACUUCUCAAGGUUCAGGGUCCUAUGGAUACCCAGAUUCAACAUAUUUAUCCAGAGUUCAGGAGGAGCUGUCACAGAAAGGAGUCUUGUUGUCCACUAUGACAGAAAGGGAGAAACGUGAUGUGGAUGAUUUCUGUAAACGAGCUUUAUCAAAGCGUGGAAGCCAUCGCUAAAGAAAUAAUUCACAGCUGUGAACUGUUUCUGGAGAUUUCAUUUAUGGAAAUCCGCUUAUAUCGACAUACUCUGGGAAGUGGAUUUAAUGUUAAUAUAAUAUAAAACUGUUGAUAAAUGAAAUAUAAAGCCAAAGAGGAAAAAACAAGGGGAGGUCAGCGGUAAAAAGACAACUCUACUUUUUAAAGCUGAUCUCUUCCCAUGAUUCUUAAACAACUACACGUUGAAAUGAACAAGAGGCAGAGGAGAGGGGGGGGGGUGGAGUUACGGUACCAAAGACCGAAGCAACGCGAGGCAUUCGCUACACACAAUCACAAACUUUAUUGUAGCAUCCUUGUAAGGCCUGUUUAUGGCCGCCUGCUGGGGAAAAUGAAAAGGCAAGGCACUGACUCUCUGACCGUGGCAUUUGCCAGCGACAGAUUGAGAAUGGGAUGGGAAAGGGGAGUGAGCGAUCGGGAGUGGGGGUAGAGAGGUGAUGCCCAGCAUGUGAGACGCUGACGUCUGUGAGGCACUGUACUGUGUUGGAGACUACACUGUAGGCCCUACAUGACCUACUAAAGCCUGGUGUGUUGAAUAGGCUACUUGGCGGGUACGCAGACUUAAUGAAGAACUAAUACGUUGACCGUUAGUGUGGCUUUUUCCCCCCAUUUAUGUUCGCGGGCUUCGCCAGGUACCCAGGAAGCAUGUCGAUGAAGCAGAAUGGGCCGAAAAAAAAAAGUCUAUAUAAGAGGAAUUGUAUAGUGAAGAUAUUGAAGAAAAAAUUUCGUAAUUGGGAAAUAUGUUGAUAUGUCAAAAUGCCGAUAUAUCGGCUGUCGAUGUAAGUGGAUUAUACUGUAUUUGAUUUAUGAGCUUUCAUUGAUGAGAUAAGAAUAUUUGCAAUGAUGGUUGCAUCAUGCAAUAAAUGCCUAAUGAGGUGGUUGUGCUAAGAAGUUAAUUGUAUGUGUCUUUGCAUAUUUGUGUGUGUGUGUGUGUGUGCUUGAUCACAUGCCCAAGUGCGAAGUAAUGGGAAAAUAAACAGUUAAAUACUGAGUAACAAGAAAAAGUCAUAAGAAGGGAAUAUUCCUUUAAAAACUUUCAAACAGAUCAAAUAGAAUCCAUGCUAUGACUCCAAAGCUUGUAUAAAUGCAAUGCUUCACUUCCGUAAAAUUUGGAAAAUAUUUUUAGCCAUUACAUAAAGGAAAAAACACCUUUAAUUUGUGUAAUAUAUAUAAACCUUGAGUUCCAUCUAAAUGUGAAGUGGAAUAGACCAUCUUGUCUAAAUUGGUAUCUGGCAUGAAUUUUACAAUCAUAAGAAAAAUAAAUUUUCAAUAGAUUGCCAACAAUUAUUGAAGAUUAUUUUUUUCAGGG